AUGGUGGAUAUGGAUGAGAAACCGUCUACGGUGGAACGCAUCGAGGAUGUCAAUCCGAAAUCUCUCAGCACUGUCGACGAUGAAGAGUUUACUCUUGCAGAGCAGAAGGCCAUCAUCCGGCGGGUGGACCUGCGUCUGGUUACGAUGACGGGGCUGACAUACUGUAUCUCGCUCAUGGACCGAACGAACUUGAGUGCGGCGGCGAUUGCUGGAAUGACAACGGAGCUGGCUCUCACGGUUGGAGAUCGAUAUUCACUCGUCGUCCUGAUGUUUUUCGUGCCAUACGUUCUCUUUCAACCACCAAUGACCAUUCUCAUCCGAAAGAUCGGCCCGACAAUAUUCAUAGGAACAAUCGUGAUGACUUGGGCAGCGGUCAUGAUAGUAAGCUAUCGCAUUUCCUCCUCUGUAUCCCUCCUAACAGGCCUGAAGGGAACAGGCUUCGUCAAAAACUGGGGCCAACUCGUGGGCAUGCGAGUCCUCCUUGGUGUCCUCGAAGCAGGGUAUUUCCCUGGAUCCGUCUACUUACUCUCCUGUUGGUACACCCGCUACGAUGUACAGAAGCGUUUCUCAAUCUUCUACCUGAUUGGCUGCGUCGCAUCUGCUCUAGCCGGUAUUCUUGCCUACGGCCUGAUGCAGUUGAACGGGAAGCACGGGCUGACUGGGUGGCGCUGGAUAUUCAUCCUUGAGGGCGUGAUCACCGGCGCGAUCGGAAUCCUCUGUUUCAUCUUCCUAGUGGAUUUCCCUGACCGAGCAUGGAAAUCAUGGUGGUUUCUAAACGAGCGCGAAAGUGCCUUCAUCGUGCGCCGGAUCAACCAGGACCGAAACGACGGCGACGUAGAAGCGUUCUCGCUGAAGAAGUUCCUGAAGCCAAGCCUCGACCUCAAGAUCUGGGGAUUCGGUCUCAUCUUCUUUUGCCUGACGACAGUCACCUACGCGAUCGCCUACUUCCUCCCUAUCAUCCUCCGCACGGGGAUGGGCUUCGGUAUCGGCGAGUCUCAAUGCCUCGUCGCGCCGCCCUAUGCCUUCGCCGGAAUCGUCAUGUAUAGCACCGCGUGGGUGGGCGAUAAGUACCGCACGCGAGGCCCUGUCCUCGUGUUCAACUGUCUGCUGAGCAUCAUCGGGCUGCCGAUGAUGGGAUUUGCCACGGGCAACGCGACCCGGUACGCGGGUGUGUUCUUGACCGUUGCGGGGGCCAAUGCGAAUAUCCCGGCUUGUCUGGCGUACCAGGCGAACAAUGUGCGUGGGCAGUGGACGCGCGCACUGUCCAGCGCGACGCUGGUGGGGAUGGGGGGUGUGGGGGGAAUUGCGAGUAGUUUGGUCUUCCGCGAGCAGGACGCGCCGGGGUAUAGGCCGGGGAUGUAUGCUGCGAUUGCGUGCAAUAUUCUGGUCAUCUUGAUUGUGGGGGGCUUUGAGCGUGUGGUUCUGGUUCAGUAA